UAACAGUAUUUGUGAACAGCUAUUGCAUUGAAUCACGUGUUUAUUUUAAUACAAUUACUUAAUUAAUCGGUCGGACUGUCCGCACACCAGUGUUAUGGACGCCGAAGAAAGUGAAUAUCGGGUAAAACUCGGUCAGACGGCCCAAACACUGACCGAACGGAUAGCUGUGUUGGAGGCCAGAGACAAACUGAUGCGAUUGAAACGGUUGAGACAAACCGAUUUGGCCACCGCUGUGGCCAUUGUCGGCACCUGUCCGGACAUGUGUCCCGAAUUUGAACGAUACUUUCGCGAAGAUACCAAUCAGAUGUCCAGUUUUGAAUUGGACGCGGACGGCAAACCCGAUGAGUAUCGGAUGGUCAAAGAGUAUCGGCGUUCGGGCGCUGACCAGGAAGAACCAUUGGCUCACGAACUGCGACCCGUACCAGUCCUGGACGUAACAAUGGACUAUCUGUGUACUAAUAUUAUGGACGCUUUCGAUGUGAACGAUUCAGACUCGACGUGCGGCGAUUGGUACGACUUUGUCUGGUCGCGUACCCGAUCCAUACGCAAAGACAUUACUCAACAACAUCUUUGCGAUGUCCAGUCGGUAUCGCUGAUGGAAAGAUGCGCCCGCUUUCACAUACAUUGUUCGGCCACACUGUGCCAACAGGACGCCCGUGACUUUGACGCCCGUAUUAACGAAGAAAAUCUGUCCAAUUGUUUGCAAUCGUUGAAAGACUCGUACUAUGAUCUGUCUUUGCGCGAUAUCUACUGUCCAAAUGAACCCGAGUUCAGGUGCUAUGAAAUUCUUCUGCAUUUAAACGAUACGGCAAUCCUGAGAGACAUACAGAACUAUCGGCAAUCGAUUCGCGAGUCAAAUGAGAUCAAGUUUGCGGUCAAAGUGUUGAUUGCUUUUCAUAGCAAUAAUUACAUUGAUUUCUUCAAACUGUUGAAUCAGAGCUCGUAUCUGAUGGCAUGUCUUUUGCACCGAUAUUUUAAUCCAAUGCGACUGAAAGCCAUCAAAAUAUUUCGAAAAUCCUAUACAAGCAAUAAUACAUCAGUAGUUGAAUAUCCAUCCGAUUUGUUAAUCAAUUGUCUUGGAUUCGAUGAUUUGGAUGAUUUGAAUCAAUUUUGUCUAGAAGUCGGUCUUGAAUGUUGCCAACAAUUUGUUUACUUAAUUCGUGGCCAAAACAAGGUAUCGGUUAUGAAAGCUAAACGAUCUGUACGUCUGGUUGAAAGCAAGAGAACCGUUUCUGUGGGACAGAUAGUCAAUGGAAAUGUUUUGCCAUCGAAUCCAUAUAAUUCAAGACCAGUUCACAACAGUUUCGAUAUGAAUAACAAACUUAAAUCCGAUUCGUUUGAUGCCAUCGAUCAGCAAUUGAAAGCCAACAAUAAUGGUUCCAAUAGUAGUUUGUAUACUAUCGGUAAUCAAUCAAUAAAUAUGCCGCCAAUUGAAGCAUCUAUUGUACGUCCAAUUCAUAUGACUCAUGCAUUUCAAUCCGUGCCUUAUUUGCGACAACAAAAAGCACCACAACCUACGGGAUUAUCACCGAAAUUGAUUGACGAGUUGUGUCUAUCAAUUACUAAUGAUUUAUUAGAUUCAAUGACUGAACAAAAUGUUUCAGAGAUCUGUAGCCAACAAUUUAAAAUAUAUCAUAAUCUGGUUGUCGACGAUGUUGUUACUCAAUUGUUUUGCGAUCUAAUACACGAUGUAAUCUAUGAUAUGGUCAAUGAAACGGCGUCUAACGUUAUCCAAGAAGCACUUAAAACAAAAGAAUCCCGAAGAUUGGAACAACUGUUUAAUGAUAGUAAUCAAGUGUUUGAUGAAUUAAUAACCAAUGAAAUAAUAUGUGUCAGCAGUGAUGUCCUAAAUAAAUGCUUAGAAGAAGUUAAAGACAAACAAAAUGAAUUGCUAUCGAAAACAAUAUUCAAUGAUUUUGUUGACGAUAUGGUCGUCAAUAUUGCUGGCAAUGUCCUGAAUAAUGCAUUACAUGAUAGACGAGAAGUGAUUGAAUUUAUUUUUAAGCAAAGAAUAUCGCGUUUAGAGAGAAAAUAUUUUAAUCUCUGGAAGACAUUGUACUUAAAACGAAAGCGAAUCAAUUUCUUAAGAGAGACGUUUCCAGCGGCACCCAAAUGGUCGUCAACUGAUUUGUCUAAUCUAAGACACGAUUUAAAUGAUGACAAUCAACUGAUACGUCACUUGAAACAAUCGUUUUCAGAUACCGCUGAUGAUAAUGAAAAUGAAAUUAAAACACAACUAUUAUCUAAGUUUAUACUAAACUAUUUGAUUGAUGAUUACGUCCGAGAAAUUGCUCGCCAUUUGUUAGACGUGAAAAUCAGCGGUAAUGAAGAUAUUGUCGAUUAUAUUAGCGAUAAACAUAUCAAUACUUUGAUGAGUAAAUAUUUUAAUAAAUGGAAAUCAAAUUGUAAGAAAAGGAUGAGUAAUUUAGCCAUUAAAAGAUCAUUUCCUGCGGCACCCAAUUGGUCGCUAACUAAAUCAAAGUCCAGUUCAAACAUGAAAUCUCUAAAGACUUCCAUAUUAGACAUGGAUUGCGAUAAUUAUAUGAAAGUAUCGCCGAAAAGGAAACGAAUUAGCGAUGGUUUAAGUGGACAUCAUAUGAGAGCUAAUCAAUCAGAUUCAUCAAAUUUAAAGACAUUGAUCGACGAAGAGAUAAUGCAAUCAAAAUUAUUUACCAAAAAACUUAAGGAAUCGUUGAGUGAUACGUCUGCUGAUGACUUAAAUGAUACUAACGCUAGUAUUAUAGGAGUACACGAUAUCAACACUGAUGAUGAUGAUGGUGUCAAUGAUGAUGAAGAGGAAGUAAAUGGCGAACAAAUGAAUUCAAAAAAAGAAGAGACAAAAGUGGUUGACUUGUGUGAGUCGGCGACCGAUAAAAUGAAUCGUUUGAAGAGAUUGUUAGCCGAAGAAAAAGAUUAUUUUUCUUAUCAUAAUUUUGUUGACUACUUAUCUAAAUCAUCGCCUGAUUCUCAUUGA